GCUCUAUUUGACUGCUUGCGCCGUCCAGGUUGCGUUUUACUAAGUCCGUGCGUCAUUGGCAUCACCCCAUCGAACACUGUGAAAAUGCCCAAUUGCCGAAAGGUGGAAGAAGAGGAGCCAGUGGAUGAGUUUGCUUUGGUGCAAGCUUCUGCUGCGGGUGAAGAAGGCGAUGUUGUUAACCUAAGUCUCGGGUUUUCUGACUACCCGCCACCAGAUUUCCUUCGUGAAGCUUUGCAGGAUGCGAUCUCCUGCAAGAUAUUGCACCAGUACACUCGAGGAUUCGGUCAUUUGCGGCUAGUCAAUGCUCUCUCCCAGAUGUACUCACGCUUAAUCGGCCGAGAUAUUGACCCAGAAGAGGAAGUGCUUGUGACUGUCGGUGCCACGGAAGCCCUCUACACAACAUUCUUUGGCCUUUUAAAUCCUGGGGAAGAGGUAAUCAUGAUCGAACCCUUCUUCCCACUCUAUGAGCAGCAGGCAGUGUUGGCAGGAGGAGUGCCAGUCUUCAUUCCCCUUCGCCCUUGUAAGCAGGGCAUGAUUUCCAGUGCUGACUGGAUUCUGGAUCCGAAGGAGCUCGCUUCCAAGUUCAAUUUUAAAACAAAGAUGAUCGUCGUCAACAACCCAAACAAUCCACUCGGGAAGGUUUUCUCACGUGAAGAGCUACAACUUAUUGCGGAGCUGUGCAAACAACACAAUGUUAUCUGCCUAAUGGACGAAGUUUACGAAUGGAUUCUUUACGAAGGCAUUGAACUCGUUAGAAUGAGUACGUUGCCCGGUAUGUGGGAAAGGACUAUAACUAUAGGCAGUGCUGGCAAAGCAUUCAGUGUCACUGGCUGGAGGGUAGGCUGGGCUUAUGGCCCAAAAAAUCUUCUCAAAGGAUUGAAGCUAGUGCACCAGCAUAGCAUCUACACCAUGAGCCCUCUCAUGCAGGAAGCAGUGGCUGUAGGUAUUGAGAAAGAGAUGGACCGGAUAGGACACCCGGAAGGAUAUUGGAGCAUCCAGUCGCAUUCUCUACAGCAGAAGCGCGAUUUCAUCACAAAAUCCCUGGAAUCUCUUGAUGUGGCUGUCACCAUACCGCAAGGAGCUUACUUCAUUGUCUGCGACUUAUCUCUUCUAGCACUAAAACUGGAAUUACAAGGCGAGAAGGAACAACUCCAGCUCACGCAGUGGCUGCGCAAAAAAAAGAAGCUGAUGGCAUCUCCUGUUAGCGAUUACUUCAGUGCAAAGACCAAGCCUCGUGUGACGAAUUUCAUACGGAUUUGUUUCGCGAAGGACAACUCAACACUAAAAAAAGCUGCUGAUAUACUGCAAAGAUUGAAGACAAGUACGAGUAGCUGUUAGUGUACAACAUAGAGUGCGAGUGCACAGUGUGGUCUUCCAGUAACAGUAAGGCAUUACUGACCUCUGAAGAACUUGGCUGACUUAAUAAAGUUACAAUUUUUUCUCAAAAAA